UUGUAUAGUAUUAUUCUCUGAAAUGACGUAAGGUUUAAAGUAGUAAAAGCUGAAAGAAUAAUCAAACCGCCACUCUAUUUAUUAUCACCAAUAAUUAUAUAUCUCCAUUCUUCUUCAACAGAUUCAACAGACUCAAUUCUUCUCUCGGACAGCUGUCGUUGUUCGUCCGAUCGAGGUGGUUCGGAAAAUGGCGGUCGUCAUCUCGAAACGAAGAGGCUUAUUCUUUCUGCCAAUUCUCUUAUCUUUCACAAGCUCCCUCUUUCUAUUCCUCUUCAUGAUAUCUUCCACCUCCAAACCCGACAUUCUCCAACCGGGUCUGACCCGGAUCCAUGUCAUCAAUCCUCUGCCCGAAUUCUCGACAACCAGUUCUCCGGUUAUGCCGAAACAGAGCAUUGUCGUAAACCGUUCAUUAGUUCUUGAUCUUCAGACCACUCAAUUGCCAUCAAGGACAACACAAUUGGCCUCAACAGCUGAGACGAAGGUCGAAACAAACGACGACGACGACAUAUUCCACGACCGAAGCUUCUUCACCAAAGACUACAAACAAAUGAACAAAACACUCAAAAUCUACGCAUACCCACACGACAAAGACGACCCCUUCGCGAACGUACUUCUCCCCGUAAACUCCGAACCAACGGGAAACUACGCGAGCGAGAGCUAUUUCAAGAAUGCCCUAUUCGAGAGCCAUUUCCUAACAAACGACCCUUCGGAAGCCGACCUUUUCUACCUGCCCUUUUCCAUCGCAAGCUUAAGGCACGACAAGAGAGUGGGCGUCGGUGGGAUUAAAGAUUUCGUCGCUAAUUACGUCGACGAGAUUAGUCGGAGCUACCCUUUUUGGAACCGGAGUGGUGGGGCCGACCAUUUUUACGUGGCGUGCCAUUCCGUCGGGAGAACGGCUAUGGAGAAAGCGGUUGGAGUGAAGUUGAACGCUAUUCAAGUGGUGUGUUCGUCUAGCUACUUUCUGUCGGGGUACGUUGCCCACAAGGACGCUUCGAUACCGCAGAUUUGGCCGAGGAAAGGGGUCCCGCCAACUCGCUCGCCGUCACAAAGGAAAACAUUAGCCUUCUACGCCGGAGCAAUGAACUCUAGGGUUAGAAAGGACUUAGUCAAGACAUGGGAAAACGAUUCCGACAUUUCGGUCCACUAUUCCCGUCUCCAAACGCCGUAUUCCGAAGCCCUUUUGGGGAGCAAGUUCUGCAUUCACGCAAAGGGGUUCGAAGUCAACACAGCUCGAAUAGGCGACGCGUUGUACUACGGAUGCGUCCCCGUCGUUCUAGCGGAUUACUACGACCUCCCGUAUUCCGACGUAAUUAAUUGGAACAGGUUCUCCGUCGUUUUGUCGGCCGCCGAUAUUCCGAUGCUGAAGAAGAUACUCGAAGGAAUCGUAAACCGCGGCGAGUAUUUGAGGAUGCAGAGGAAUGUGAUGAGAGUGCAGAAGCACUUUCAGUGGCAUGAUUUGCCUCUUGAUUUUGAUGCCUUUUAUAUGGUUAUGUAUGAGUUGUGGCUUAGGAGGAGUCACGUGAGAAUCACGUGAUUUUUUUAUUAAUUUUUUUAUUAGUUAUGUUCUUCUUGGAACUUCAGACUGAAAAAUAAGAACACUGUGUUCAUUGUUAGUCUUGUACAUUUUUUUUAAAGGAUAAUAAAUAGUGAAUAAUAUGGAGCUAUUAGCACACA